AUGCCAUCUGUUUCACCAUCUUCAUUGGAUGAUAUAUUUCAUGUUGUAGGAUAUAUCUCUACUCCUAGUGAUCAGGUUACUCCUAGUGAUCAGGUCAUCUCCCCACCCUCAAUCAAUGAAUCCCUACCUUCUUCUCUUAUUCCUCAUCCCUCAUCUACCUUGAUUUCUCCUCCAUCUUCCUUACCAUCUCCUUCUGUACCUCACAUUGAUCCUUCUAUUCCUCUGAGAAAAUCCACUAGGACAUCAAAACCUCCUCUGUGGUUAACAAACUAUGUUCAAUAUUCUUCCACAACUCCAUACCCUUUAUCAAACUCCUUAUCCUACUCCUCUAUCUCUUCUUCUUAUCAUACUUAUAUAGCAACCUAUUCUAUUAUUUCUAAACCUACUUCCUUUUACCAAGUUGUCCAAGAUCCUAACUGGAUUCAGGCUAUGAAAUUAAAAAUUGUUGCUCUUACUGAUAAUCAUACCUGGGGUGUAGUUGAUCUAUCUGCAUGCCAAGAUGCUAAUCUUGUGAUCAUUCUAGUAUAUGUGGAUGACUUGUUAAUCACUGGCAAUGACACCAAACUGAUAGAAGAAGCUAAGAACAUUCUGAACAGCAACUUUAAAAUGAAAGACUUAGGGGAAUUGAGAUAUUUGUUAGGGAUUGAAUUUGCAAGAUCAUCUAAAGGUACAAGUCAAGAAUUAAAAGAUAGAAACCCAUAUCAAAGGUUGUUGGAAAGAUUGCUAUAUCUGGCUAUCACUAGGCCAGAUAUUUCUUUUGCAAUCCAAACAUUGAGUCAAUACAUGCAUUCUCCAACAGAGAUGCAUUAUGAAGCAGCUUUAAGGGUGAGUACAGUCUCAAGGAGCUCAGAUGAAGCUGAGUACAGGAGUAUGGCAACUACAGUGGCAGAACUUGUUUUGUUACAAGGACUGUUGCAGGAAUUAGGCAUAAAGGUUGAGCUGACCAUGGAGCUAUUUUGUGACAGCAAGGCAGCAUUGAAGAUAGCUUCAAAUCCUAUAGCAAAGGUUGCAACUAAGGGAAUGGUGAACGACAGAGAAAUUAACGCUUCCAACACCCAAGCCAAUGUCAUCCAGGAUGCUGCUGGCAAGAACGGACGUAAUAAAAAGAGGAAUGCUACCAACAAGAGCCAUUAG